AUGUCUUGUGGUCGUAUUCUAGAAAACGACGAGGACGAAAUCUUAUCAAUUCCUCAAGCAGCCUCAGAGUCGCAGGCAAAUCGGUGUUGUCGAUGUCAGUCCCAGGAAGUUGAUGUCCAUAUCCGCAAUACUCCUUGGUGUCGAAAUUGCUUUUCCUCUCAAGUUACGAACAAGUUUGCGCAAGGCCUGAGACCCGCCAAGGAAUAUUGUCGGCCACCUAAAGGGCAAUCAAAGGAAGCACAAAACUGCGGUUCGCUUGUGGUCCAUUAUACCGACACCCCAGCCUGCCUUUGUUUAUUAGAUCUUCUGAGAAGGUAUAUACAAUCCAAUGAUACUCGAUCCACGUCUAAGUGGCAAUGUCCGGUAGAUUUUUCAGGCGUAGAAGUUGUUUGCGUUGGUUUGGGAAGCAGUCAUACAUGUUUUACAUCAGAUACCGAUCAAGUGCAGUGCCAUAACUUCAUUUCCAUCUUCAUUUUACCUAGUGCUUAA